GGGGGGGGGCGGGGGGGGGCGCCGCGGGGAGCUCAGGAAGUGCACUGGCUGCAAGAGCCGUUUCCUGCGCUUUGUGUGCGGCACCGAGACAGGCGGCAGCGAGAGGCGGCGGCUCCCGAGCAUCCCCCCCGCGGCGCUAAUGUUCCCUAACAUCGUCUGAAAAUCCAGAGCCAUGACCACUCACGUCACACUAGAAGAUGCCUUGUCCAAUGUGGACCUGCUGGAGGAGCUACCGCUGCCAGACCAGCAGCCAUGCAUCGAGCCACCUCCCUCUUCCAUCAUGUACCAGGCUAAUUUCGACACAAACUUUGAAGAUAGAAAUGCCUUUGUGACCGGCAUUGCCAGGUACAUCGAACAGGCUACAGUGCACUCAAGCAUGAAUGAAAUGCUGGAGGAAGGACAUGAAUACGCAGUGAUGCUUUACACUUGGAGGAGCUGCUCUCGGGCCAUACCCCAGGUGAAAUGUAACGAACAGCCGAACCGGGUGGAAAUUUAUGAGAAGACCGUGGAAGUUCUGGAGCCGGAGGUCACCAAGCUGAUGAAGUUCAUGUAUUUCCAGCGCAAGGCUAUCGAGCGGUUCUGCAACGAGGUGAAGCGCUUGUGCCAUGCUGAGAGAAGGAAGGAUUUUGUCUCCGAGGCCUAUCUCCUGACGCUGGGGAAGUUCAUUAACAUGUUUGCCGUGCUGGAUGAGCUGAAGAACAUGAAGUGCAGCGUCAAAAACGACCACUCUGCCUACAAAAGAGCUGCCCAGUUUUUGAGGAAGAUGGCUGACCCUCAGUCUAUUCAGGAAUCCCAGAACCUCUCCAUGUUCCUGGCGAACCACAACCGGAUCACACAGUGUCUGCAUCAACAGCUGGAAGUUAUCCCUGGCUAUGAGGAGCUGCUGGCGGAUAUUGUCAACAUCUGUGUGGACUACUAUGAAAACAAGAUGUACCUGACGCCCAGCGAGAAGCACAUGCUCUUAAAGGUGAUGGGCUUUGGUCUCUAUCUGAUGGAUGGGAGUGUCAGCAACAUUUACAAACUGGACACCAAGAAGAGAAUCAAUCUUAGCAAAAUAGACAAGUUCUUCAAGCAGCUGCAGGUGGUUCCCUUAUUCGGCGAUAUGCAGAUAGAACUGGCCAGAUACAUUAAGACCAGUGCUCACUAUGAGGAGAACAAAUCCAAGUGGACGUGCACUCAGAGCAGCAUCAGUCCCCAGUACAACAUCUGUGAGCAGAUGGUCCAGAUCCGAGACGACCACAUCCGUUUCAUCUCUGAGCUCGCCCGCUACAGCAACAGUGAGGUUGUCACUGGCUCGGGGCUGGACAGCCAGAAGUCAGAUGAGGAAUACAGGGAGCUCUUUGACUUGGCUUUACGGGGACUGCAGCUGCUCUCCAAGUGGAGCGCCCAUGUCAUGGAAGUGUAUUCUUGGAAGCUGGUACAUCCCACCGAUAAGUUCUGUAACAAAGAUUGCCCAGGCACCGCUGAGGAGUACGAGAGAGCCACCCGGUACAACUACACCAGCGAGGAGAAAUUUGCCUUUGUGGAGGUAAUUGCCAUGAUCAAGGGUCUGCAAGUGCUGAUGGGCCGGAUGGAAAGUGUCUUUAACCAGGCCAUCAGAAACACUAUCUAUGCAGCCCUGCAAGACUUUGCCCAGGUGACCCUCCGAGAGCCAUUGAGACAAGCAGUCAGGAAGAAGAAGAACGUCCUGAUCAGUGUCCUUCAGGCAAUCCGGAAGACGAUCUGUGACUGGGAAGGAGGUCGGGAGCCCCCCAAUGACCCCUGCCUGAGAGGCGAGAAGGACCCCAAAGGUGGAUUCGAUAUUAAGGUUCCUCGACGAGCAGUGGGUCCAUCGAGCACACAGCUUUACAUGGUGCGGACUAUGCUGGAGUCGCUCAUCGCAGACAAGAGCGGCUCGAAGAAGACUCUAAGGAGCAGCUUGGAUGGGCCAAUAGUCCUGGCCAUUGAGGAGUUCCACAAGCAGUCCUUCUUCUUCACCCACCUUCUCAACAUCAGCGAAGCCCUGCAGCAGUGCUGCGAUCUGUCCCAGCUCUGGUUCCGAGAAUUCUUUCUGGAGUUGACCAUGGGCCGUCGGAUCCAGUUCCCCAUCGAGAUGUCCAUGCCCUGGAUUCUCACGGACCACAUCCUGGAAACCAAGGAACCCUCCAUGAUGGAGUAUGUGCUGUAUCCCUUGGACCUAUAUAAUGACAGUGCAUAUUAUGCCUUGACCAAGUUUAAAAAGCAGUUCCUAUACGAUGAAAUUGAAGCUGAAGUGAACUUGUGUUUUGACCAGUUUGUGUACAAGUUGGCAGAUCAGAUCUUUGCCUAUUAUAAAGCAAUGGCUGGCAGUGUCUUACUGGAUAAACGUUUCCGGGCUGAAUGUAAGAAUUAUGGAGUGAUUAUCCCUUACCCGCCAUCCAAUCGCUACGAGACGUUACUCAAACAGAGACACGUCCAGCUGCUGGGUAGAUCAAUUGACCUGAACAGGCUCAUAACUCAGCGUAUUUCAGCUGCGAUGUACAAAUCAUUAGACCAGGCCAUUAGCCGCUUUGAGAGUGAAGACCUGACCUCCAUUGUGGAGCUGGAGUGGCUCUUGGAGAUAAAUCGUCUGACACACCGGCUGCUGUGUAAGCACAUGACUUUGGACAGCUUUGAUGCCAUGUUCCGAGAGGCCAAUCACAACGUCUCUGCACCUUAUGGACGUAUCACUCUGCAUGUCUUCUGGGAGCUAAACUUCGACUUUCUACCCAACUACUGCUACAAUGGCUCCACCAACCGGUUUGUACGGACAGCAAUCCCAUUCACCCAGGAACCACAGAGAGACAAGCCAGCCAACGUCCAACCCUAUUACCUCUAUGGAUCAAAGCCACUGAACAUUGCCUACAGUCACAUCUACAGCUCCUACCGCAACUUCGUGGGGCCUCCUCAUUUCAAGACAAUAUGCCGGCUCCUAGGCUAUCAAGGGAUCGCAGUGGUGAUGGAGGAGCUGCUGAAGAUCGUCAAAAGCCUGUUACAGGGCACCAUUCUGCAGUAUGUGAAAACAUUGAUAGAGGUGAUGCCCAAAAUAUGCCGCUUGCCAAGACAUGAAUAUGGAUCUCCAGGAAUCUUGGAGUUUUUCCAUCACCAGCUGAAGGACAUCAUUGAGUAUGCAGAGCUGAAGACUGAUGUAUUCCAGAGCCUUAGAGAAGUGGGCAAUGCUAUUCUGUUCUGCCUCCUCAUAGAGCAGGCCCUGUCCCAGGAAGAAGUUUGUGAUUUGCUGCAUGCUGCUCCCUUCCAAAAUAUUUUGCCCAGGGUCUACAUCAAAGAAGGAGAACGCUUGGAGGUACGCAUGAAGCGUCUCGAAGCCAAAUAUGCCCCACUUCACCUGGUUCCUUUAAUAGAGAGGCUGGGAACUCCUCAGCAAAUAGCCAUUGCUCGGGAGGGUGACUUGCUGACCAAGGAGCGGCUGUGCUGCGGGCUCUCCAUGUUCGAGGUGAUCCUGACGCGCAUUCGCGGCUACCUGCUGGACCCAAUCUGGCGUGGGCCUCCCCCUACCAACGGGGUCAUGCAUGUGGAUGAGUGUGUCGAGUUCCACCGGCUCUGGAGUGCCAUGCAGUUCGUGUACUGCAUCCCCGUGGGGACGAACGAGUUCACUGCAGAGCAGUGCUUUGGAGAUGGUUUGAAUUGGGCCGGCUGCUCUGUCAUUGUUCUCCUCGGGCAGCAGCGACGCUUCGACCUCUUUGACUUCUGUUAUCAUCUGCUGAAGGUGCAGAGGCAGGAUGGGAAGGAUGAAAUCAUAAAGAACGUGCCCCUGAAGAAGAUGGCUGACCGCAUCAGGAAGUAUCAGAUUCUGAAUAACGAGAUUUUCGCCAUCCUGAACAAGUACAUGAAGUCGGUGGAAACAGACAGCUCCACGGUUGAGCAUGUGCGCUGCUUCCAGCCCCCCAUCCACCAGUCCCUGGCUACCACUUGCUAAGCGUGGAUAUUAAACCCCUUUGGGAUUAGGGAGGAAGAGAAACUGGAUCAGAACAAGAACUGGGAAGGAGAAACUUGACAAUGUGGCUCUGGCAACAAGAGAGAUUGGGUACACCCGACACACACAUCUUCCUAACUGGCCCUGUUUGACUGCAUGUGCUGUAGCAUCCCUGUGGUUGGCUCUACCUGUAGCUUUAAGACUGGGUGUGGGAGGGGGCAGGAUGUGCUUUUCUUCUAUGCAGUGGGUUCAUUAUUUUGGUUUUGUUUUUCUGUGAUACGACCCGUCGAACCGAAAACUCUGAAGCCAUAUUAGAGUCCAAGGUGUCAGGUUCCAGUCACAAGCUGAUAGUUUCAGAGCACCAGAAGCCAUCUCCCACUGCGGGUGUGGUGAGGCACGUGAAACUUCCCCUUGUGAUGCAUGACUGCGGCAGGAGAGUUUGAAGACAUCCCUUGUUUAGUGAGGCAGAAUAGCAGCAUUUCUCACUUGGCAGCCUACAGAGGAAGAAGUCGCCUGACCAGAAAAAGGAAACCAAGUUGAUUCAGAGUUUGAGUCUAGCAUCACUGUCCAUCUGGGUUUGGAGAUUUCCCCACUCUUUUCACCAUGUCUUCUUCCCUUUUAGGCUCUCUCUCGGCUGCUUGGUAAGGGGGCUUUGUGAUUCAUGGGUUUCAGACUAGCCGUGCGUGACUGAAUGGCUGUCCUCUGCAUUUCAGAGAGCUGGGAGACAAGAUACCAUCCUGGUGAUUUCCCACUACAUGCCAUAUCCCCACUACUAAUUCAGAAGAGGUGCCCGCUGAAGCUGUAUCUACCAGGGAGUAAACAAUGAAAUCUCCUAAUGAAUGCUGUGUGCUACAUUUCCCUGAAAAUUCCACUCGCUAUAUUCCUGGGGUGGGAGGAGGAAUCAGUGAUCCUGACAGCCCAGCUUACCUCCAGAAUGUACAUGUACUUUGGCUUUUAGCCAAGGAUCAAACAUCCACAUUCGAAAAUGAGCUGGAAGCUACAGUUUGUGUCCAUUCUUGAACGACAGUUUUCUUUGUUUCAAAUGAGUUCCUCCACUACACACGCCUACAGGGCAUGGAGAGUUCCAGUCGGGGUGAACGGAAACCCUAUUACAUAGAAACAGCAGGAUCCUUUAGAGCAGAGGAAAUGAAAUAAGCAUCAGAAAGGAAAUGAACACAGUACUCGGAGGGUUCUACAAAGAAAAUACAGGAUUCUGUUUCCUUCUGAUUCUUCAACGUUGUCCAGGAUCCUGUGAGAUUAAAAGAACCUAGUUGAAACAUCAAGGAACAUUUCAAAACUCAUUGUCUUCCCUUCUUCCCGAAACCAACUUCUUUGAAGUGAGAUGAAGGGUCUUGUUUGAUGUGGCAAAAGCUAAGGUGCCAGAUCCGGAUUUCAUCUACACAGGGGUAAACCUGGAGUAACCCCUUGGACUUCAGUGAAGUCACUCCAGAUUUACUCAGAUAGAGAUGAGACCAGAACCUGCCCUCUGGAAUUAAGAAUUAAGGGCCAGGCCACAUGCACCUCUCCUAAUCCACCCUGACCUCACCACUGAGAAAAUUUUAAUUUCUUGAUUUUAUUUAGGUUAAAUCAGACCUUUGCCAUUAUGUAAUACAGCAAUGUUGAUGCACUGUAGCUCAACACAACCCAGACACUCGGUUCAUCUUACUGUGGACAAUGCACUGCUUUCACAAAUGCUGCGAAGCCAGAGACAGCGAGCAGUUAUUCCGUCAGAGGGAACAGAAAGGAGAUCAGCUGAAGAGGUGUCC